UUUUAUUUUAAAAAUUAACGGAAAAAUGUCUUCUUCAGAUGAGGAAUAUUUUGAUAUUGAUGAACUUCAAGAGGGUAGAGAUGCUGGAAAAAAUAAAAAUGAUGUUGAUUUAAGUGAAAAUAGUGAUCAGGAUGAGUUACAAGUUGCGUUUAGACAAGGACUUUUAAAUAAACCUGGACUGUUUGUUUCUCAAAUUAAAAAGCGGGAACCGAUUUAUAAGAAGGAAGAGAUGUUGAGGAAAUUGUCAACUUUUAACACAGAAAGGGAUUGGAUUGAUACUUUACAAAUCAAAUUUAAUCCAGAAUUGUGUUAUAAUGAUUCUGUGGAUCAAGAUUUGGAACGGGAAGCUGCUUUUUAUAAACAAAGCCUCAAUUCUGUUCAAAAUGCGAAACAACGUUUAAAAGCACUGGGUAUUCCAACUGAUCGGCCUUCUGAUUAUUUUGCUGAAAUGGCAAAGGGAGAUACUCAAAUGGAUAAAAUUAGACGAAAAAUUCUUGAAACAAAGAAUAUUAAAGAACGGAAAGAAAAUGCUAGAAGAUUGCGAGACGAAAAGAAAUUUGCCCGUAAAGUCCAAAAAACACGUGAGGAGCAAAAAUUGAGAGCUAAAAAGAAGUUGCUGGAUGCUACAAAAAAGCAUAGGAAAGGAAAUAAAGCGCCUUUGGAAGAAAUUUUAAAAAAUCCAAAAUUUGAAAGGAAGGGAGGGUUUCAGAAAAAGAAGAUGAACAGAACUGCGAGAAAUACAAAAUAUGGGUUUGGUGGAAGGAAGAAGGGGUCAAAAAGGAAUGAUAAACAAAGUUUUAAUCUUAUGUAG